UGUGUUAAACUUGCAUUGACUUGAGGUCAACAAUGCUAAGAGGACAAAGAAACUUGUUACGUAUAAUUUGAAUUUCUCACAUAUAUUUAGUAUUCGUUAUGUAUAUCUUAAAACACACACACACACACAGUUCCAUUGGCAGACCAGAAAACGGCGGAUUCCGGCGGUGUUUCCGGCAAAGCCACCAAAGCCCACAUGCUGAUUAAUAGCUCUCCGAUUUCGGUUAUCCCGAAAAAACAAAAAAUAAAUAAGUAUGCUUUGUGCAUCUCUAUUCUGGCUUCCAUGACAUCAAUCUUGCUCGGAUAUGAUACCGGGGUUAUGAGUGGAGCUACUGUCUACAUCAAGAAGGACCUUAAAAUUUCCGACGUCCAAAUCGAGAUUUUGGUGGGUAGCAUCAACAUCUACGCGCUCGUCGGUGCCGCCGUAGCUGGCCGUACCUCCGACUGGAUUGGCCGCCGCUGCACCAUCAUCUUUGCUGCUGCUAUCUUUUUCGCCGGAGCUAUACUGAUGGGCUUCGCCACCAACUACUCCUUCCUCAUGGUGGGUAGGUUCGUAGCCGGUGUCGGUAUGGGAUACGCGCUCAUGAUAGCUCCAGUGUACGCUACUGAGGUGGCGCCGCCAUCUUCUCGCGGCUUCCUAACUUCUUUUCCUGAGGUCUUUAUCAAUUUCGGUGUUUUACUUGGAUACGUGUCAAACUAUGCUUUCGCUAAGCUUCCAUUAGAACUGGGUUGGAGGAUCAUGCUUGGAGUCGGAGCAAUACCGUCUAUCUUCCUUGCCGUUGGGGUGGUGGCCAUGCCCGAGUCGCCUCGUUGGCUAGUCUUGCAGGGCCGUCUCAAGGGCGCGUAUAAGGUGCUCAACAAAACUUCUGAAUCACCACAAGAAGCCCAAUCAAGACUCGAUGAAAUCAAACAAGCCGCUGGAUUGCCGGAAAGUUCCAACACAGAAGAUGAUGUCGUCUCAGUCCCAAAGCGCAACCGUGGUGCGGGCGUAUGGAAGGAGCUCCUCCUCCGCCCCACCCCCACAGUUCGCCACAUCUUGAUUGCAGGCUUGGGCAUCCAGUUCUUCCAGCAAGCUAGCGGUAUAGAUGCAGUAGUUAUGUACAGCCCGAGAAUAUACGAGAAGGCCGGCAUGCGAAACGACUCCGACAAGCUCCUGGCUACCAUAGCCGUCGGCAUCAGCAAAACCAUGUUCAUCCUCGUGGCCACGUUCCUGGUCGACAGGGUGGGCCGCCGCACCCUCCUCCUGACAAGCUGCGGCGGCCUGGCGGCAUCCCUCUUCGGGCUGGCCACCGGUUUGACCGUAAUUGACCAAAACGACGACGAACAGAAACUAACUUGGGCCGUGGCCUUGUGUGUCGCCAUGUCAUUAUCCAGCGUGGCGUUCUUCUCGAUCGGAAUGGGGCCCAUUGCAUGGGUGUACAGCUCCGAGAUAUAUCCGUUGAGGCUGAGGGCGCAGGGGUGCAGCAUGGGAGUUGCGGCGAAUCGGUUCAUGAGCGGGGUGGUGUUAAUGACAUUUAUAUCCCUGUACGAGACGAUUACGAUUGGUGGGGCUUUCUUCUUGUUUACAGGUAUAGCUGUUGUUGCAUGGAUCUUCUUCUACACUUUGCUGCCUGAAACAAAAGGGAGAACCUUGGAGGAAAUGGAGGACCUGUUUGGCACUUUCUUUAAUUGGAGGUCCACAAGCAAAGAGUUGAACAUAAAGAAAGAGGCAAAUAAUACUGCCUAAAUAUUUUAGAGUUUUCGAACAUAUUGUUUGAGGUUCAUAAUCAAUGUACGAAAAAUCAUAUCAAAACACACUUGCAUAGCCAUCACUUCUCGUCA